UUCAUAUUGACAGUCUAUCUAAAUCCAAUCACUUCCACUAAACAGGACACAGCAGAUGAGUCUGGAUGAGAGCAUCACCACAGACAUGAUAUUCACUUCCAAUUCAUGUAUAGCGUCACGCGGAGCCUACUCAAUAGGCAAUUUUUCUGUAGAAUCCGUCAUGGCAUUCUCCGCAGCAACGACAUAUAGUAACAGCUGGAGUCAGAACAAUAACCACCCUGACUGAUUAUUCUUUCACACAUUUCUCCCACUCUCCUCCAGCUAGUAUCUACCUCUCCUAUACCGAUCUCUCCAUCGCAUCUACACCUUCACAAUCUCCAUCAAACAAGCACUACCAAUGACCUUGAACGCAGAGAACACCACCUCCGCAUACAUCAAAGAAGAACACACUUCCAACUUCACCCCCAUCAACAUCAAAAAAACCCCAUCCCCAACAAUGGAGUCCAAGAAAGAAACCCCCAAACCCAGUACUCCCAAGGCUAGCACUCCCAAGAAGCGCACCCAUACCCCCAAGACCCGGACCGGUCAGGACAAAGCCCCAACCAACGAAACCACCCCCAGCACCCCCACCAAGAAACCCAAGACAAUCCCCACCAAAGCAAUCCUCACCAAAGCCAACAACAUCUCCCCCAUCAAAAAAGCCCUAGGCCCCAUCCCCACCAGCCUCGAUGCGGCCAGCACCGCCGACCAGGCCAUCCUGCGCAUGCGCGACGACGAAGGUCUCGGCUGGAAGGAGAUCACGGCCGAGUGGUGCAAGUUGACCGGUGUGACUACUCCUAUUGGGAUGUCGACGCUGCGGAUGCGCUAUCAGACUAUGAAGGCGAAUUUUGUGGGUUUUACUGCUGAGGAUGAACUCCGGCUCCUCAAAGAGAAGAGAAAAAUCGAGCAGCGUUUCGAAACAGAAAAGUGGUCUCGUAUCGCCGAUGCGAUUGUCGCAGACGGAGGUGCCAAGUAUGCGCCUGCAUCGUUGCAGAAGAAGUUCAAGCAGUUGGAGAAGGCUGCUCCUGUUUCUACUCCUGUUUCUACUCCUGUUUCUACUCCUGUUUCUACUCCUGCUCGUGCUGAUGAUGGUGACGCUACUGACGAUGAAUGAUGCACGAUGAAAGCGCAAUGCGUUUGAUGCUAUUCUACCUCAUCUUCAUUGAUCUGGAUGAAUGGAUGGUUGGGUGUGUUUCUGGGCUUAGGACAUCAUACUACUGCGUGUGGGUGGUGCUUGGGGGUUUGUUUCUUUCUUUCUGAUUUUGUCUUACUUUUGUUUUAUUUGGCUUCUAGCUGAGGAUGUCAUAUCGGGGAUGUUGUUGGAGGGUUUCUUCCUUUCUUCUUUUGCUUUACUUUGCUUUUAACUUCGCGUUUGUCCUUCUAUGAAACUAUCCAGAUAUGUAUCACCACAUCAAGAUCAGACGGCGCAACUACAAUGCCAGAACCAGC